AUGCUUGACUUCUAUCUCUUCGUACCUUUCACUAUGGGUCGCCGGUCCCCGGUCCCGGGUUGUUUCAGUGAGGCUUUUUAUGAGGAAAAGUUCUGGAACAACCUCUCGGUUUAUAUGAGAAAGAAAAAAUCUCUGAGCUGCAAACAAGCGGAUCUUCUGGAAGAGACAUGGUCAUUCGGUAAAUCCAUGAACUUCUUAAGGAUCAGGUAUCCACAGAAGAAACCUACGCGAGUGUCUAAACAGAGAUACAGCGAAGACAGUGAUGUGAACGACGAUGUUGAAAUGAGCGACGAAGACUGGCACGCUGGACCGUCAGCUGAUUCGCGUUUGAUCCAUGAAGGAGAUUCUCUUUCUAACACAGGCACCGAUGUCGAAGUGGAUAAUUCAUCUAACAAUGGACCUUUAUCUUCUCAAAAAGUGUCGAGGCCGCAUCUGGAAGCAGGAUUUGGCGCAGAUUCUUCCGUACACGAGAGGUACAACAAACGAACAGAUCAGCUCAACUCCGCUAGUGGGAACGAUCGGGGACAUGCUAAUUCGACU